AUGAAAAUAGUAUUGAUGUUGAUUGUCCUCUUAUUUUCAACUCUGUCCUUUACGUCUCUGAAAGUGGAGUGUGGCGUUGUGCCUAAAGGUAAUGACUCGGGCAUGAAGAAAAGAGAUUAUACAAUAAAACGCAUAAAGAAAAUUGGCGAACGAAUGCUUAAGAAGCUACCACAUACAAUGAUACGGAUAUGUGGAACGUUGUCAUCCAUUGUAAAAGGAGAGUGUCUUCAAGAGGCAAUGAGUCAAGUAAGAUGCUACGGCAGUCCUGUGUGUGGUGUUGACGGCAGGACGUACAGCAGCAAAUGUCUGGCUGGACGGAGAGGUGUGACCGUGGAAUGCGAUGGGAAAUGUCCCUGCAAACCAGGUUGUCAAUGCACUGAGGAAUUUAAACCCGUUUGUGGAGCGAAUGGUAAAAUGUAUAGCAACGCGUGCAAGGCCAAGUGCGCGAAUGUGAAAACACUAUGUCCGGGUCGCUGCCCCUGUAGAAAGAAGUGUGCGUGUAACAAACGCUUGGAUAUAGUAUGUGGCGCAAAUGGAAAGACAUACGGAAACACCUGUAUGGCCAAAUGCAAGGGUGUGAAAGUCAGAUGCAAAGGCAAGUGUCCAUGUAAAAAAAGACCUUGUAGAUGUCCAUUAAGGCUGAAACCAGUAUGUGGAGUGAACAGAAAGACAUACCCCAGUGCAUGUACAGCUUCGUGCAAAGAUGUUAAAGUAAGAUGUAAUGGCAAAUGUCCCUGUCGAGCUUGUAGAUGCCCAAAGAUUCUGAAACAGGUGUGCGGGUCGGACGGCAAAACGUAUUCAAAUAUGUGUUUAGCAUCUUGCAGAGGUGUUAAAGUAAGAUGUAACGGCAAGUGUCCUUGUCGAGCUUGUAAAUGCUCAUCACUUAAAAAACCAGUGUGUGGAUCGGAUCAUAAAACAUACGUUAACUCAUGUGCCGCCAUUUGCAAAAAUGUUGUGGUCAAGUGUCAAGGCAAGUGUCCAUGUAAACGAAAAACAUGUGCUUGUCCACGUAUUCUGAAACCUGUUUGUGGAGCGGACGGAAAGACAUAUCCAAAUGCUUGUACAGCAGCAUGCAAGUAUGUGAAACAAUGA